AUGGACUCGGAGCCUGCGAACCCGGAAGAACGCGCUCAGCAGGAUCUCCCUCCCAAGUCCUACGCGGAUGCUGCUCACGAGGCAGUGAAUGGCGACGAUGACUACAAGCACAGUAACGGCCACAGUACCCCCAAUAAGGAAGCCGUGUGGAACCUGGACGAGAACAAGAUAGUUUACGAGAAAUAUAAAGAUGGAGAGGGCUCUGUACUAGUCAGUGUCAAGCCAGAUCCCUCCUAUGAGGAGAAUUUGAAGCACAACAAGGCGACGGCGCCUCGGUCGAGAGGGUCGAGUACAAGCGAGAAUAAGAAAUUGCAGGACACGCCCAAACCACAACUGCAGGCGGGUCGUAGAGCAGGUGCUGGCUGGGAGCGAUCAGCCAUUCGUUGGUCCCCUCUCAAUGUACCCUUGCAGCGUCGACUACAGACUCUUGCAGUCCUAUGGCACACCACUUCCAUCGCCCUUUUCCUGUCGCUUUUCUUCCUUCUAUCGUCUAUCCCUCUUUGUUGGUCGAUCCUCCUACCAUACCUAAUCUAUACUCUUAUCUUCUCUGAAGACUCCACUGAUGGCCGCCUACGUCGAAGGUCUCCAUUUCUUCGUCGAUCCAAGGUCUGGUCUGCUUUUGCUUCCUACUUUCCAGCUCGACUUCAUCGAACAGUCCCACUUAUUCCUACAAGAAAAUACAUCUUCGGAUAUCAUCCUCAUGGCAUCAUUUCACAUGGUGCCUUUGCUGCCUUCGGCACUGAAGCUCUAGGCUUCUCCGAUCUAUUUCCAGGCAUCACAAACACUUUACUUACCCUAGACAGCAAUUUUCGCAUCCCGUUCUACCGUGAUUAUGCUUUGGCAUUAGGACUAGGUUCAGUUUCGAAAGAAUCCAUAGAGAACCUCUUGUCCCGCGGAGGCAUCAACAAUGAAGGAAUGGGCCGAGCGGUCACUGUCGUGGUUGGCGGCGCAAGAGAAUCACUGGAUGCACAACCACACCAUCUCAAACUUGUUCUAAACUCGCGGAAGGGCUUCGUGAAAAUCGCUAUCCGACAAGGCGCUGAUCUGGUUCCAGUCCUAGCUUUCGGUGAAAAUGAACUCUACGAGCAGGUCGACAGUCAGGAGCACCCCUUCAUCCACAGGUUUCAAAUGAUCGUCAAAAAAGCUAUGGGGUUUACCGUCCCUCUCUUCCAUGCAAGAGGCAUCUUCAACUACGACGUGGGCUUGAUGCCAUAUCGUAGAGCUAUGAACAUCGUUGUAGGAAAGCCUAUCGCUGUCAAACAACAAGGCGGCGCAGGCAGUGACGGCAAGGUCGACGAAGCUUAUCUCGACGAAGUACACAAAGCCUAUGUUGACGAAUUGAUCAAUAUGUGGAACGAGCAUAAGGACACUUUUGCCAAGGAUCGCCUGGGAGAGCUCGAGGUCGUGGAAUAG